CAAAGUGUACCCGGAAGUGUAGUUCCCUGUUUCCUCACUGGCUCUUGAAGGUAAGCAUGGCGGCCGCUACGACAACACCAGCGGAUCCGGCACCGAAGGCGUCUCCUGAACCUGUGCCGUUCGACUUUCAGCCGCCGGUCAUUGAAGGCUUCGACCCUUCGCCGAGGGUCAAAGAUGAGACCUCAAAAGAAAAAUUCCUGAGAAAAACCAAGGAGAACCCAUUCGUCCCCAUAGGUUGUUUAGGAACAGCAGGAGCACUGAUCUACGGUCUCCGUGCCUUCCAUCAAGGGAAAACCAAACAGUCCCAGAUGCUGAUGCGGGGACGUAUCUUCGCCCAGGGUUUCACUGUUUGUGCCCUUAUUUUUGGAGUUUUCGCCACAGCUCUGAAAUCCAAGCAAUGAAGAUGGACCACUCCCUCUACCCUGAGUCAGACCAGCCCGACUUGGAAGCGGACUGAUCUGUCUGAAUGAACUGAAUAAUGUAUCAUGUACUCCAUUGUUCAGAUACCUCUGUAAAGUCCAGCACUAUUUAUUGUUGUUUGAAAACUGUGAAUGGCUCACGGUGGUAUAUUUUGCAACAACAAAGUAUAAUCGGCUCCUCAUCACACCAAGUAACCAGGCUGGAUUUUACUGAUUAUGUGCUAAAAUAAUACUGAGGCAAAAUGCUGAUGAACAUAAAUGAUGUGUUCCUUGUUUCUUCCUGUGGCUCACGUUUCAAAUGUUCCCAUGUGUUGCCACUGAAAUGUUCCAUGUAACACCUGAAUGUUUUCUGAUAUAAAUUUUAAGUUGAACCUCAUGUCUUGUGUGUAUUUGAGAUAAAGAAUCAUGCUCA